AUGGCGUGCGUCCGUUCCCUUGGCCGCCAUGAACCCUCGGCCGUACCUUUCCUUGUCGCAGAGGGCCUCCUGCCUCCGGAUCCUUCAAGCGACCAAUACACAUGGCAUACGACUAUCGACGAAGGCCCCAACGGCCCGGUGGAUGAUGAGCUGGUCUGGACAACGAGCUGCGUCGUUUGGUCUCAGGCGGGAGUCGUGAAGAGGGUAUUCCGGGUGGAUAUUGAGAGGGAGGAAGUCAAACAUGCUCUCUUCACGAAUUUCUCCGUGAGCAAGGCUACAAAACCGGGUAGAAAGACCGCGCAAGGGCUCAAUGGAAAUGCUGGCCAGAAGCACGGCGACACCGAGCACAGUCGUGGAUUGCAAAGUCAGGCCGCACAUGAGGUGAAACUUCCAAACUUAGGAAGGACGCUCGGUGCGAAUGGUCAACCGGUUGAAGAAUUGCAAACUGCUGGGGGCAGUGUUCACAGUUCAAGAGCCCUAGUGGUUGUACUCAAAUCCCAGGCGCAUAUCUUCUUUCUUGCUGGCAACAGCCACGUUAUUCCCCUGCCAUUUGAGGUUGAAUCGGUAUUCGCGACUCCUCGGGGCCUUCUCUUCCAACGCAAAAUGCACGAGGACGACACCAAUGCCUACCCCAUGGCGCCUCCAAAUUCAUUUCUUUCCUCUUUCCCUACGAUUGUGGAUUUACGCGCAUCUCAGUCAGCGGAGCUGCCCUCGGGUAAAGCGAAACGACCAUCCUUGAUCAUAUCCCCUGCGCAAAAUACUCGUCUGAAAUCGCGGACAAACAAACAAGCGGACCUCCCCAGGGUCUUUUCUCUGAUGGAUCCCCAUUCUGAGAUGGGCCUAGUUGUAACCAAACAGACUUCCCGCUGGCUACAAAGUAGUAUCACCAGCACUAGCAGACUUUCUGGCUUGGACGUCCUUGAUCCUGCUGACGAGAUUGUGUAUGUCUCCCCAAAGAAUGAACUUUUGGGAUCUAGUCGGAGUCUAAGCAAGAUCCCGUUGAUACUUGUGAUAACCGUCAAUAUGAAUACCGGAUUGUAUACCAUCUGGACAGCGCGGUAUAGAGAGGAUGAAGCUGGCCCUUCCUCUAAGAAGCAGCAGAGGCGAGACACGGGAGGCACGCGGUCCAAGCGUCGUAGUUCGCAUUUUAGCAUGGCGACGGGGUCAACUACACCUGCUGCGCGUCCGUCUGCGGCCAGGGAGAGCUUUGGUCCGCGCGGAGACAACUGGAACGCUUCUGGCUUCUCUCACUCUCAGUACUCUGUCGAUAGCAAACCAGAUGAUGACGACCUCGCCGCUAGAUUGGGCCAGGACUUUGGCGACAUUGGUGUACCGUCGAAGACAUCCAGACGAGUGAGCUCUUUGCUGGCGCGGACUGAUCUUGCAACAAGUCAGGAUCGAAUUACAUUUUCAGAUCUCGCUACAGGAAGUCAAACAGGUCCCGCGCCUCACACAGGCCUACGGCAAUCUAUCGGUGCGGCUAGCACUCGGGCAAGUUUUGGAUUCAAUCCUCGGGGAUCCCUGCCACCUGGAAACGGCUCGGUCUACAGUACCACGAGCAGCUUCGUCGAUGCUCCCGUUGAUCGGCUUCUCGAAGAACUCAACAAUGACAGCUUAUUCGAAGGAUUUGAGAACAUGGACCUCAAGGGGGCGACCUCUGGCCUUCCUGAAGAAGUUUUGCUCUCGAAGGUCGAAAGCUUCUCAUCGAGGUUUUCUGGUACAUUUCAGACUCCCGUCAAAGCAACCAAACCUUCGAGGAGGGUCAAGAUUAUCACUCUGUGUCCCUCGGAAUGCGGGAUUACUCACAAUGGAAACUCAGCUGUCCUGGCUGUUUAUCUCGUGGAUCAAGAUGCAAAGUCCAUGACCGUUGUGCAUCUGCGAGCUGACAAAGUAACAUUUCCAAAGAAGGAUGCCGUAGUAUCGAAAAAACCGAAGAAGAGAGCAUCUUCCGAGGAGCGCUCCUUGCUUGUACAGGCAACAGGCAUUCACCACUUUCCGAAUGUUCACGACGCUUGUCGAGUUGCCGAUGGACAAAUCUCACGCGUGCUGACUUUGGGAACAACGGAUAGUGGCAGGAAUGAACUACACCUACAAAGCCCAUGGACCAACCCUACCAGAAUUGACAUUCCCGAGAAACUGAUGCUCUAUGAACGAUAUGGAUUUUCCUCCACCACAUCCAUGCUUCGUCCCCGCGAGAGUGGCAUGAAUCGGCUGAUGACAGAUGGCCCGAUAGUUAUCACCGGACUAGACCAUCCGUCUAUCCGUGGCAAGUUUGAUGUAAUUGACACCAUGAAUCAAAGGCACAAACUGCAGGUUCAGAUGGAACCCACCAAUGGACUUGUCAAGGACGUUUUGCGAAUCUGCAAAUUCGUCUUGCGUGACUUUGAGAAGGCUGGGGAUGGCAUACUGGCCGGUUGGUGGGAAACUGUGAAAUGGCUCAGUGCUAGAGAUUCCGACGAAACUGACAUCGAAUGGACUGCACUGACGAUCACCUUGUUCGCAAUGGCAGUGCCAUUCAUUGAGUGUGAGCAAACACUUAACAAGCGAGCACGCAGGAAGAAAGCCCUGCUGAGGUCGAGCAGCGGUAGCCAUGUUGACCUCGAGAGCUGGGAAGCCAUGUUAGACAAAGAAUCAAACUCCUCCGGCGUUGUAGCGCCCUGGAUGGCCACCAGUUCCUGGGGAUGGAUUCUUGAGCAGGAUGCACAGGAGGAUAGCGAGGGGAAACGGGCAAAGGAUGCCCACAGGCCAGACCAGCUAGGCUCGGGUCGGUCGACCUUCCGCAAAAACACAUAUCUGACGCGGUGCAUUGCUUUGGCUCGAGAAUUUCUACGUACUCCGGAGGGCAACUUGGCGUUAGGAUCUGAUGGCCAUCUCCCAACCGCUCUCGCCUGCAAUGGCACUCUACGACGUACUGCUUUGUGUACGAUUGUAGCUGGGUUACAUCUAUUCCGUGAAGAACAGAAGCUCUCGGUUUGUGAGGCUGAACACGCACAGAAGCCCUUGGGACUUCUCGCACCCGUCCUUGCCCAGAUCGGCGCUUGGCUAGGGUGGACGUCCUGGACAUGGGCGGAUGACUCGUACUAUGGUUCAGAAAUGGCUUGCAUGGACCAGUGGGAAUUUGAAGCUUCGAGGAUUUCAAUGAUGGACAUACCUCCUGAGCCUUUCGCCCCCCCCUCAAUUUUCGCCCACCUGGAGAAUGCAUGGCGCCAACCGUCGCCUUCGUUUUUCACACUCUUGGACUUGACCAACACUUUGGAAAGCACUUCUCGCCAUAGCAAGUUAUGGCAAGAGUGUUUCAUACUCACUCCACGGACUCUGGCUCUGAAUGGGUUUCUUUCGGAGAUUCACGACAUCUCGACAUCGCUCGAACGGGUCAAGCUCCUCAAUCGUUGGAACUUCACCAAGAGUGUGAUCGAAUCAUUCCCAGAAGGCGUCAGUGGGCCGUUGUACGAAGCAAUCAUGCGAACACAAAACUGUGCCUCAGCGUCUUGGAGUGUGAAUCUUCUCGAACUCAUCGACCGAGAGGACCUCAGCAUGUCAAUGGAUACCGACAACUCCUCUCCCGCCUCAGUACCACCCCAACCAGCCUUAUCACAUGAUGCAGUGCGCGACUUCCAUCACAUUGGUGGCUCAGCACUGGAUGUUGACUCCAUCAAUUCCUUCGAGGCGUCUGCGGAAGCUGACAGAUUCUCAGUGACGCGGUUGAUCUUCAGAGAAGACAAGCGCUUCAUAGAAGCCGCCAGGUUGCUAAAUCAGUCCAAAGCCCCAGUGGCGGAAUGCAUUCCGGAACCCGAGUGGACUGAUUCGGACCUCUUGGAGGCGCAAAAGGAAGUUGUGCAACUUGUCACGCUUCGGACAUUAUCGGUCCCUACUGGGCGGGCCAUGCUCGCUUUCAGUGGGCGUUUGCCUCUGUUGACAGAGAAGCUUCCAAUUCCUUCGUUCUCACUCCAAUGCGUGAUGAAGCCAUCGAACGUUACAAUCAGCGCGGAAAGGGCCUCAUUCAGCGAGGAGAAGGUGUGCUGGGCCUUUUUCCACAACGGCGUGUCGACUGGCCUCGCGAUCUCCAAGAAGUCCAAAGGCAUCGACACGUCGUGGAUUCUCUUCAACAAACCACAAGAGCUUACCAAUCGGCAUGCCGGAUUCUUGCUGGCGUUGGGUCUCAACGGACAUCUUAAGUCGCUGGCAAAGUGGGUGGCCUUCAAGUAUCUGACUCCGAAGCACACAAUGACCUCUAUUGGUCUUCUACUCGGGCUCUCGGCAUCGUAUCUGGGUACCAUGGACACGCUUAUCACCCGGCUGCUGUCGGUUCAUGUCACCAGGAUGCUGCCUCUUGGGGCCGCAGAGCUUAAUCUCUCACCACUCACGCAGACCGCCGGUAUUAUGGGCAUCGGCCUUUUGUAUUGUAACUCUCAACAUCGGCGGAUGAGUGAGGUGAUGUUGUCCGAAAUCGAAAAGGCCGAACAGGAAGAGAGUUCGCCGGCACACGAAGACCUCCGAGACGAAGGCUACCGCUUGGCUGCCGGGUUCGCUCUGGGAUUCAUCAAUCUUGCCAAAGGGAAAGACCUGCGAGGCAUGCGGGACAUGCACAUCGUGGAGAGACUCCUGGCCAUCGCGGUUGGGACCAAAUCUGUUCAUCUGGCUCAUGUUCUGGACCGGGCCACCGCUGGGGCCACCAUCGCGUUGAUGAUCAUCUUCAUGAAGACCAACGACGAGAGCCUGGCGCAGAAGAUUGACAUUCCAGAUACCACGGUGCGUUUUGACUAUGUGCGUCCAGAUCUGUUCCUUCUACGAACUUUAGCCCGACAUGUCAUCAUGUGGGACAGUAUACGUCCCAGCUUUGAUUGGAUCAUUGAAAGUCUCCCGAAGAUCUAUCGGCGUCGUUAUCGGUUGACGGGCGUUGGCCGACUCAAGAGUGACGAUAUGCCUUUCUUCAACAUCAUCGCCGGGCUCUGCUUUGCCCUCGGUCUGCGCUUCGCAGGCUCUGCGCAGCCAGCUGUACGGGAUCUCCUUGUAUCGUAUCUGGAUCAAUUCAUCCGCAUCUGCAGACUUCCGGCCAUGAACUAUGACGGACGACUUACCCGCAAUUCCGUCCGAAAUUGUCAGGACAUUGUUGCGCUCUCCGCAGCCACGGUCAUGGCCGGCACCGGUGAUCUGGCGUUAUUCCGACGGUUGCGUUCUCUGCACGGCCGUGUGGAUAGUGACACGCCGUAUGGAAGCCACCUCGCUGCGCACAUGGCCAUCGGGCUGCUCUUCCUGGGUGGCGGCAGCUAUACCGUGGGAACAUCCGACCUGGCGAUCGCCUCGCUCAUCGUCUCACUGUACCCUAUCUUCCCGACCACAGUGCUGGACAACAAAUGCCAUCUCCAAGCGUUCCGGCAUCUGUGGGUUCUGGCUGCGGAGCCACGCUGUCUCGUGCCACGGGACAUCGACUCUCGCCGGCCGAUCCCGCUCCCGAUCACAGUGACAGGCAGGGACGGCGGGCGGCAAACGGUCACCGCGCCCUGCCUGCUUCCCGAUCUCGACAGCAUCGCGCGAGUCGAGAUCCGCAGCCCCGACUACUGGCCCCUCGUCCUAGACUUUACGCACAACACGCCACUGUACCACAAGUUCCGGCACGGAGACCAGUCCGUCUACCUGCGCCGCAAGACGACGUACAACCCCGGUGGAUCCAGUGUAUUUGUGUCGACUCUGUCCAGUCUCAGCGAGGCACAGGACGUGCUCCCGUCUCCGUCAUCAUCGUUAUCGGCCACCGCAGCCCAGGGCCGAAGACUCCUGUCCGCCGCACCGCCCAAGCUCGUGGCACUGCUCUCCUCCGAGUCCUCCAGGGCGAUCACCCGUGCAUCUCCAUCCCAGAAUCCAUGGGACUGGAUCUUCAGCCUGCAGUCCCUGCGCGGGCUCGAUAUCCAGGAGCGGGCGCUGGUCCUGCCGUCCUCGUUCCCGUCACGCCCGCGGGGCGCCGGCCCCAGCAGCCGCGGCUCGGCGGCGCCCUGGCUGCGCCUGUCGGCCGUGGACAGCAAGCUGGUGAUCGAGAACAGCGUGCGCAACGUGAUCCGGGCGGCUCGCGGGCGCGGCGCAGACCCGGACGAGGUCCAGGAUGGCCUCUGGCAGCUCCGGCUGCUGUACAGCUGGCUUGACCACGCAUCGGGGCGGGUCGUAGAUGAUGCCGCCACGGUGGGCGACGACGCCGAGGGACGUGGAGACGAGGACGGUCGAUUGUCCAAGGGUCUGUGGCUGCGGCGCGACUUUUUGGAGGAAACCCGGUGGAAGAUCUGGGGGGUGCAGAUGGGGGGAGGUGAGUGA